AUGGAAUACGUAUCGUUUAUGGAGGAAUAUCGCAAUCUGGGCCAUAUGGAGUUGAGUCCUCGAGCCGAACAUUUCCAGUUUGUCCUACCACACCAUGCCAUUCAUCGUCCAGAGAGUUCGACCACGAAGACACGAAUAGAAUUUGAAGCCACAUGCAAGGGUAUCACACAAUUGUCGCUAAAUGAUAUUUUACUCGUCGGGCCGAUUGUGCAGCCAUCGUUGCUCACCAUCGUGUUGAAUUUCAGAUCACCAAAAUUCGUCUGUAUAGCAGAUCCAGCGGAUCGCAAACUGCAGCAGCUAACUACAAUCACGUAUGGAACUGCAAGUGCUCCAUACUUGGCAACUCGUGUGCUCAAUGAACUAGCCGAGGACGAAGGUGCAAAAUUUCCGCUUGGUGCCAGUAUUAUUCGAGAGGGAUUUUACGUAGACGAUGUGCUUACCGGUAGUGAUGACAUUGAUGAAUUGAUAGAAUCAAGCAAACAACUCUCGCAGCUUUUAGAGUUGGCUGGCUUUCGUUUAAGAAAAUGGUGUUUUAAUAAACCGCAGAUUAUAGUUCACAUACCCGAUCAGUUGAAGGAAUCUUUACCGUUAACGGAAAUCGACCGUUCUACCACUGUUAAGACACUGGGUCUGCUGUGGUCGCAUGAUUCGGAUCAUUUUGGGUUCAAAAUUCCACAUCUUCCGAAAUUGAGCACUGUACGCAAGAUUAUUGUUGUAUCAGAGAUGGCUCAGCUGUUUGAUCCUCUUGGAAUAGUGGGAGCUGUCAUAUUGAGUGCCAAGAUAUUCGUUCAGCAGCUGUAG